CCAGUACAGAGGGAUAGGCCAACGAGUGAUAUAUGCUUCAGUAAGAUUGGCUUUGUAGCAUACAUAGCAAUGGUUAUCAACGGUACCGCAAAAAAAUAGAGCUUGUGGUGCGGGGAAGUAUUUGGGUGUACGAGAUUUGACUUCAAAAGAGUUACAGUUGAGUGAUGGUGUCCCAUCCUUCCAGGCUGUUAGCCUGAGCUAGGACUAGAUGGGUUUAAAUAUUGGAAUAGGGUUAGAUUACACAGUAUUUUAUUUUUUUCUCUCCUUUUCCCACUCAAGGUAUAAGAGAUUUAUACCCCAGUCUAGUUGGUGGCGGUAAUGCAACAUUUAUUGGAUGCCAAACCACGAAGAAGAAGAAGACUACUAAGAAGAAGAAGAGCGGGGUGGAAAUUGAUGGGAUGACACGGAUGCUAACUGCAGCCCCAGAAAGAUGACCUGCACCACCCUAGGGCAUGGUCAGGAUGGGGCCAGAUGUGCCCUUGCUCAAUGAAUACAAGCAGGAGUUCUGGAAGCGUUUCCCUCAGAUAGUGCUGGGGGGUCCGUGCUUGAAGUUGGGCUACUGCGCCCCGCCUUAUAUCUAUGUCAACCAGGCGAUCUUGUUCUUGACACCAUGGCUGUUGGGUGGCAUUGGCACGCUGCUGUGCCAGCUGCAGGAGGAGCUCCACGCUGCCGUGCUGUCUGCUAUGCUCAUGCUCGGGGCAGCAGUGGGUGUCCAGGCCCUGGCACUGUAUGCAGCUCGCAGGAAUGGCACGGUGGGAGUGCCCAACAUCCUGGCAGAUGAGGAGGAGGUGGAGUUCACCAACUGUGUAGGCCCAGAGACAGUGAGGUUCAUCGCCCCAGGGAAGAGGUUUGGGCUGAACGUGGUGCUCCACACCAUGCUGGCGGGGACCCUCUGUGGCCUGGGAACAUGGUAUGUGCUCCUGGGCAGGUUAACUACACUCUACGGCAGUGUGGGUGUAGCCUUGGUGUUCUUUGUCCUGAGCUGGGUGACUGCGGCAGAGUACUCCCUUAUCAUCAACACGGCCGCAGAGAUGGCCACAUUCCAGGCACAGGACACCUAUGAGAUCAUCCCACUCAUCCGACCACUCUACAUAUUAACUGUCAUAGCUGUGGACCUUGCUGAUAAAUUUACAGAUCCAGUGCCAGAGUUCCAGCUAACCAGUCAGGUUCUUCAUGUGGUGUUCCUGGUCCGGCUUCUGCUGUUGGCGCUGGGAAUGCUGUCACCUCUGGACGCCCUCCUCCUUUGGGGCAUGGAGCAGGCACUGGUGUUCGGUUUGGGCUGCUCUCCCAUGUCCAGUAACCUUAGGUUGCUGGGGAUGUUCGCCAUAUCUGCAUGUGUCACUGUUUGUAUCUUCUUCAUCCCGUCCACCGUGGGUGUGGUCGUCUUCUCCAUGGCCAUGGAGUUUCUGCUUAGUUUAGAUCUCAGACAAUUUGGGGCACAUUGUAGAGGAGGGCCCAGGGUGACCCGCGGCAACAGUGGAUGGUGUAAGGGGGCAUCCUCUGCCACUCCCCGCUGGUUUGGCUGGCAGUUGUGCUGCAGGGAGAUGCUGCUCUACCUGGGGCUACUGCCCGGGAGCCAUGGCUGAGCAGGCCUCUUACAUCACUUCCUCAGUCCCUCUCAGCACCAGAACCUGGCCAGGGGACCUCAAGCUGCUGUCAGCUACCUCAUCCUCUUCAUUGUCUGCUGGGCUUCUGCUGGGCUCUCGGAGAGAUCCAGGGAGCCUGUUUUUGGAGGAGUAUUCCUCAACCCAUUGUACCCAAGAGGAAUGGCCAAUCCCCGGGUGUUCAAGCAGCGCAAAGUUUGUGUCUUUCAUUUGUCAACCCAGGUGGGCCUGCUGAGUGAUAGGCUGCUCCAGUUCCUGUCCAAGCUGAAGUUUGCCCUGACCCUGCUGGUGACCUCCUGGACUGAGAAGAAACAGCGGCUUCAGUCGGCCGGGACCCUCCUGGCCCUGAACGCUUCCCUGUGUCCUCUGCUGCUCUCUGUGGUGUUCCUGUUUGCCAUGAUCUCUGCUCCUCUGCUGCCCCUCUUCACCCUACCCAUCUUCCUGGGCUUCCCUAGGCCUCAGCAUAGUUGGGUUGGGCCCGUGGGCACCGCCUGCCUCUGUCCAGACUCCAUUUACUACCAGCAGAUGAGUGGGAGCCUGGCCUUUGCUCUGAGGAGUACCUUCACCAGGGGAUCACUUCGUUCUCUGGCUCCUGGCUUCCACUUCCUGGGUUGCUUCCAGGACCGCAUGGUUUGGAUCAUGAUCUUGGAGAGAGGAUAUGGCUACUGCACGGUCAACAUCAAGGGUCUGGAGCUGCAGGACACGUCGUGCCAUACAGUUGAUGCUCGGGGGGUGGAUGAGGUGUUUGAGGGGGCCUUUGAGCGGCUUGGUCUCAACCAGGGGUUAAACCUGCACUUGGGUAACGCCCUCACCCCAUGUGCUGCCCUGCCUGUCCGCGUCUACUCUGAUGCCCGAAAUGUGCUCACUCUGUCCAGAGACAUAAGACUUUUACUGGGGACACCGGGAAAGGAAAGUAAGUUCCAGCCCUCCCAUCUUGGCCAGUCAACUGUCACCCAGCCUUCAGAGGCUGUUAUGGUGGAGUCCGUCUCCUCUCUCAAGUUUAGACGGGACAGCUCCAGUUUGACGACCUCCGGUGACUGGUCAGAUGAGGAUGACCUGUUUGGGGCUCAGCCAGCCAGGAGGACGGUGGUGCUGGUAAGUACGGAGGCCCAGCUGGGGGACACAGUGCUCCACACCAGCCCCUCACUGCCAGGCUCUGUGGAGAUGGGCAGUAGGUUUGAAGAGUCCUCCGGCAUCUUGGCCCAUGCAAACUUUAGCUGCCCCCACACUGAGCUGUUCAGUCGGCCCCCUGGGUGGAGGACAUCCCCCUUAUCAUCCCGGUUGCAGCAGCCCUAUGCUUUGUUCCCCGAGUGGUUUCGGUUCACUCUGGGGCAGUUGGCGCUGUCCAUUCAGGACAAGGCUUUGGAAGAUGUGGCCAAAGCCCUGAAGGAGGAUGAGGAGCUGAGGGACCGGUCAUGCCUCAUCUCCCUGGGGACAGAGUCUGCCUUUACCAGCCCCAGCUAUGUCUACAGGGUCUACUGUGGGGACGUGCCUUGGACAGAGGGGCUGGAGUGGCUCUCUGAAAACAAAGAACUUGACCAGCUUGCACUUAAGGCUUUCAGGUACAGUUUCAAGCUGCUGUUUGAUCAGGUGAGUCUGGGGCCAAUAGAUAGUCUUGAGGAGCUGUUCAGCACACUGGAGGAGUAUGAGAGGGACUGGUACAUCGUCCUGGUGGCUGACAGAGGCUGGCAGGACUGUGUCCUACAGGAGAAACUCUUCUCACUGGGCCAUGACCUCACCCUGAGCACUUACACAGGGCUGGUUCAGGUAGGCCGUCCGAAUGAGGUGGUGGUGCGUGGCCAGUGGGCUAACCUGUCCCGGGACCUGCUCUACGCCACCAACGAUGAUGAGGAGCACUACAGCAACCAGGCCCACCCCAUCAUGCUGAGGAACCUCACUGUCCAGGCAGCCAACCCCCCCCCCCCCCCCCCGGGGUACCCCAUCUACUCCUCUGUCCCCCUGUACCUCCCCUGCUUCUAACCUCAACCCCUUGUUGGGAUACGCCAUCUUCACUGACUUCCCUAUACCCACCCUGCCUCGUGUUUGCCUAACUUUGUCACUGGGUAAGCCCAAUGUUGUGACCUGUAUAUGUGAGCCAAAACAAAAAGUGUUUCUAAAUAAAAACAGGUGCUCAUGUCUCAAUGUAUGAUUUUUUUUUUUGCUAAAUUCAAUCUCUUUUGGGCUUAGUUGUGGUCAAUUUGCAGUUUACAAGUUAAUCUAGUCGCCUACCCCUGCACAAGGGUAUCUUAGGAAAGUACCUGGAAGGCAGAUUAAAACAAAUGGUUUCAUUCAUGCAGGAGUGACAUUACCAAAGGUGUGGUACUAGUUCAAACAAUGAAAUAUCAGCUUUCUGGAGAAAACAUAUUUACAUGGGAUAUAAUUAUUUAGAAUACAUUUAUCAUUGUGGAAAAAACAUUUGUAUCAUGUGUAAAUUAAAUUUAAUCGUGGACAGCCAACACAGUGCCAAUUUCAUGAUAAACUUAUUUAGUAAUUGUUUUCCCUCAAAUACAGUUAUGUAAUGCUCCCAAAGGCAAAAUGGGACAAAAAUGUUGCAUUUUUAAAUGAUUAUUCCGUUUUAAAUACAAGGAUG